CACGAAUGUAUAUAUACUGCGGCCUCGGGGGACUAAGACCAUCCGAUCAAAAUGGGUCUACCGCUAGCUGCGAGGAUUAUCUUUGUGGUGAUUGUCUUUCUGGGCGAUGGACGAGGUGGGCACCGUCCUUCCCUGGCGGCAGCAUCCUGCGUGUCGGCAGACGGGUCAGGCUGUCGUCAGCCUGGCGAGGUCAUCAGCUUCACGUGCCGCAGCAUCGGGACCUUCCCAGACCCGUACGACUGCCAAAAGUUCUACGUCUGUGACGCGGUGAACGGAAAGUCUGCAGCUGGUUCGUGCACAGGCAGUUCGGCCUAUAAUCCUCUCACGUCAGACUGCAGCUUGACAACUUCGCACCGCGUGUGUACAGAAGGACCCAUCCCUACCUGUAGUCAGGUGGGGCAGAUGGGCAUAGUACAGGAAAACGCAGCCGUCUACUACGUCUGUCUGCGGAAGGGAGGCAAGAUUGUUCCAGACAUGUUCAGAUGUCCGGGCAGCAUGACGUUUGACCUCACUGUUUCUGGGUAA